UGGCAAAAAUACGUAAUAAACGCCCAGACUUUACUACCACAGCGACUCUGGUGACCAAAAGUUACAUGAAAAUCUUCAACAAAAAUUGAUCGCCCUUCAUCACAGAAAUUUUAUUUGUGGUAGCAGUUUUUACACAUUAUCUGUGUUAUUAACCACUGAGGAUUUCCUUUUUUUCCAAAACGUUCGGCACUGAUUUUUACAUUUAGUAGUUCGCGUACACCGACGUAUUUAAUAGAACACAUCAAAAUUUAAUAAUUUUGACAGAACAAUAUUUCAUUGUCAGGUUCAAAUGUGACAUUUUAUGCCUUUGCACAAAAUUACUUUGAGAGUUUGAUAAAAUGACUACAUUGUUAUUGCAUUUAGGAAAGGUCUCGAGUAAACGAAUUUUUGCAACUACGCAAUGGCAAGACAUACGAUGGCAAUUCGAAAGCUCAAUGAGGCAAAUCAGGCACUUCCGCAGAUUAAGAGACUCUCCAAAACUCGUUCAAAAGUCAUUCUCAAAUGUACAUCAGGAUAAAGGAAGUUCACAAUCAACAAACCUUUUGAAACCAUUUUGUUUUACUGUUUUGUUUACUGGUGCAACUUUUGUCGGUGCAACCAUUUGGGAAUAUGAACGCAUACGACAGAAGGCUCAGUCUGCUAAAGUCUACCGGCAAUUUCAUACUCUCCGAACUGGAUGGAGAAAGGACAUGGAAAACUGGUGGAAUGAUUUAUAUGAAGGUCAAAAAGUAUUUGCAGCAAUUUGCUUUAUCAAUGUCCUUGUUUUCCUAUGCUGGAGGGUCCCAGCUUUUCAAGGCACAAUGGUCCAAUACUUUUCCUCACAUCCUCAUGCUAGAGCAACAUGUUGGCCCAUGUUACUAUCCUCAUUUUCACAUUACUCCAUACUACAUUUGGCUGCAAACAUGUACGUAUUACAUAGCUUCAGUGCUAGCUGUGUAACAGCACUUGGAAAGGAACAAUUUGUGGCAUUAUAUCUGUCCAGUGGAGUUAUAUCUGGUUUCGUUAGUCAUCUGUACAAGGCUUCCUUGGGUUUACGCGGUGCAUCAUUGGGAGCAUCUGGAGCGAUCAUGGGAAUCCUUGGUUUUGUCUGCACUCAAUACCCUCAUAUUCAACUUAGUAUUGUGUUUUUACCUACAUACCCCUUUCCUGCGGGGGUGGGUAUAAAAGCACUCAUGAUUGCUGAUUCCGUGGGCUGUCUAUUACGGUGGCAAUACUUUGAUCACGCUGCACACUUGGGAGGUGUAUUCUGGGGAAUAUUUUGGCAAAAAUGGGGCAAUGCGAACAUUUGGCAGAAACGUGAUCCAAUUUUAACAUUUUGGCACAACUUCCGAAAUUCACGUUAACCUUCGAUCAAUAAUAUCUGUUACUUUGAUACAUUACAUGUUUUACAGUACAUGAUAUUGCACAGCAAAGUAUUGAUCAUUUAUCGUUCAUAUAAACAUGUAUGUACAUAUCCGCAGAAUGACGCACAAAAGUGCUGGCGCUUAUAAUAUUAUGUACAUACGUUGCAGAUUGUAUACUGUGUAUACUAAAACAAAAGGAGAUGUUUGAUAAAAUCACAAAAAUUUAACAUGAAAUCAAGUAAUCUAUGGAAUUUGUAUACAUUACUGCAUUCGUGCAAAUAUGUGUAUGGAUAUUUAUAUAUUUUGUACCUUCGGAUAAAGAUUUGACAAUUUGGCGUAUAAAGGAAAAAUAUAUAGAAAUAUUGAUGAGACUGAUGAAGUUAGUUCAACUGUAAUAAAGAAUAAGCAAAAAGGUAGUAAUAAUAAUUUAGCAAUACGUUAGCGACGUUAAUUACGCAAAGUGGAAAGUCAUCCAGAAAAACAUUUUUAUUUAAAAUCUCAUAUAUAUCAUGGAAUGUACACUGAAAAGAGCACAAGUUGAGUUUUAAUUAUGAACAUAAGUCAAAUAAAUGAAUGCUACUGGUUUAGA